GGGUUGUGCAGGGUCUCGAUUCCUCCCUGUCACCGGCGAUGGCCGCAGCGGGGUUAUCCGAUGCAGAGCUGCGGGCGGAGCUGCUGGCCCUGGGCUACCAGCCGGGGCCGAUUACCGAUUCCACCCGAAAACUUUACGCCAAGAAACUCACCCGCCUGAGGGCUGAGGUGGCGGCAGGGCUAAGGAGCCGCACCAGCUCCAGAGCGGUCCCUCCGAGCUCAAGUAGCUCCGUGAGGCCCUCCGCCUCCGCCCAACUUGGCCCCAAAGCGACUCCCCGGAGCCGCAUCUUGGUUAGGAGGGAGAGCGAGGACGAGGACGAAGAGGAGAGCAACGACUACUUGUCGUCGCGCAGGGAGGGAGCUGUGGGGAGCAGCAGGAGGUUUGCUGAGAGUCCCCACUGGCCGACAGAGACUCCAUUCACCCCGGAGAGGAUCCACUUGCCGGCUAGAGAGGUGGAUCCACUUAGCAGCCCCUGGAGGCCAAGUAUUGGAUUCGCUUCCAAAAGGACCCAGUUAGAAGCUGAUGAGGGCUUUACGUCCCCCUAUCAGAGGGAGACGGUGGCAGGUAGAUUAACUUCUAGUGCCCCAUGGAAACCAGCUCCCUCCAGCGAAGAGGGUUUAAGCUCCUGCAAAUGGUGGGAAAAGGAGCAGAGCCUGAAGCCCAGCGCUUCUUGGAAACCAAGAACAGGAGAAAGCCCUGGAGGGUUGAGCAACUGGGUCAGCUACACAAGCCAGAGAUGGGCAGCUCCCAGCCCCUCGGUAACCGAGAGAAUCGGAGAAGAAUUAACCUAUAGGCUGCCGAGAGGAGGAGGAGAGAAAGAAGGAGCUUCCAGAAGUACCAAAACGAUCUUGGGGACAAGAGCAGAAAGAGAUUUAAAUUUUGGUAGCCGUUGGGACGGGACUCAGCAAUAUGUAGGUCAGAAACAUCAAGCUGGGAAAAAAAGCCAAAGUCUAGAAUUUUAUUUGUCCUGGUUCCUGUGGGUGGCAACCUUAGUGCUGCUGGUGAUUUUCUUGGCCAUCCUUUGGGUGAAGAUGGUGGGACCUGCUCACCUGGAAGGGUCCAUGGAGAAUUUAAAACUUUUGACCGUGGAUUGUGAAAAAAGCACAGAUAUUUAUUGUCGGGAAAAACAAGAAGAAAUUACAACAACCAUAUUGUAUGAGUUGUACAACUAUCUUGCAAUUCAAGCUGGCAAUUUUGAGUGUGGAAAUCCUGAGAAUUUAGAAAGUAAAUGCAUACCAUUUAGUGAAGCAAAGGACUAUAUAGAGAAUGUGACCGGCUAUUCAAUAAAAAAAUUUGAAGAGGCAUUACAGUGGUUAUUAGACAGUGAUCAGGAUUCAGGAAUUUGGUUACAAGGCAAAGAGCCUUCAGAGCCAGUAACCACUGUGAAGCAAGUGGUAUGUCUUGAAUCUGCUCGUCCCCGGAUGGGGUUAGGCUGCCGAUUUUAUCGGGCUCUAUACACAGCAGUUACAAACUUAUUUAUAUUCUUUUGGAGUUUAGCUUUCCUUUGGGGGAUUCUGAUUCUUCUGAAAUAUUAUUGGCGGAAAAGGGAAGAACAAGAGGAGGCCAUGUAUGAGAUGGUACAGAAAAUCAUAGCUGCUGUCCAAAAUCACUACAAAGAGUGGGAGCAGAAUCUGGAACGAUACCCAUAUGUUGGCAUCCUUCAUAUCAGAGAUACACUCAUCCCACCUCAGGAAAGGAGAAAAAUGAAGCACAUUUGGGAUCGAGCAAAGGAUUUUCUUGCCUCCAAUGAGUCACGGAUUCAGACUGAAUUACACAGGGUCGCAGGAGAGGACAUGCUGGUUUGGCGUUGGACACAACCAUCUUAUCUAUCUGACUCUGAUCAUUAGCUGUCAGAUGAGGCAAGACUAUGUUUCAACACUGUGCAGAGCGACUGGCUAGGGAAGAUCCUGUCGUCCAUACUCAGGUGCACUCCAGACACUAGUUAAUGCUUUUUUUAAAAAAAUAGAAAUGACUCUUCAGGGUAGCCAUUUUCUGUAAGAGAUGUAAAUGUUGAUGUGUUGGGGCAUAUCCAAUGUAUACAUAUCUCCUCUAAUGUAAUUAUUUAAGAAAAAGAACCACUUUCUUAAUUGAGAGCUGCCAUUAAGAACUUUUUCUCUGAUUCUACGGACCUCUGUUACUUGUACUGAACCUGCUAAAAGAUACCUGUAAAGAAAAAAGAAGUUUGUUAAUCAAAUGUCAUAGCCAAAAACAGAUACAUAUACUCUUAUCGGUUUGCAGGAAAUUGCAUCAUUGUGUCAAAUACUGACACCUGCUUAUAGCAUGAGAGGUGAGAUGGGAUAUGCCUUUGGAGACAAAUCGGAAGAAUGGGGAGGAGAGCUUUGUGCUUUUUUCUUAGGCAGUAGUAAGAGAACCUAACUGAACAUGAAAAAUAUUAAAGAUUUCACUAUAUUUAAAGUGGCUCGGUGAAGAGCACUUAUAAAGCAACAUAUUAUUACUAUAGAGAGAGAGAUCAAUUACUGAUUCCUGCAGUGUUGGCUUCAAACAGAAGACUCUGUGAUCAAGCAUUUAGGCAAUGCUUCCAUGACUGACAAAUUGUUCUCUUUCAAUGUGAUGGUGUGGUUUUUGUACAGGUCACCUUGUUUGUCUCCAGACUCAGCUUUCUGCCAGUUAUUUUAAUGAGGGGAAAAAAACCUUGCUGCAAAACACCAUAUACCUUUGCUGUAAAGUCUGGAGAACUUGUAUAAUGACAUGCCGUCAAUCGUUCUAGAUUCCUACUUUUUCUUAAUGACUUUAUCCUAUUGUUCCACGGAAGUAGCUAGAAUACAUAUGAAUUCAUAAUAAUAUAUACAUAUAUGGACCCCUUGAUAAAUAUUUGGUUGAGGAUUUUUAUGACUUUUGGCAUUUUUUUAAUUAGCAUGUUUUAUUUUUAAAUACUGGUGGUAUUAGCUUUAAAUUUGCUCUUCUUCUCCUCCCCCUGCUGGCCAGAUUAAACAUUGUAUGGAUGAAAUUUGCAGUUAGCUAUCUGCAAUUCAUGGCAGUUCAUUAUGUGCCUCCUGCUGAAAUCAGCUGAUUUUGGAUACAGAGGAGAUAAAUCUCCUUCCCCCCCCCCAAAAAAAAAAAAUUCAACAGGCGAUCUUAUUGGUUAAGUGGAAGAAAAAACUGAAUUGCCCUGAAUUUGUAGCAUAGAUUUAUAUUAGAGCAAAGACAUAUAGCAGAUAUCUCUCUCUAUGAUAUUAGCCAUUUUAAUAUUCAUGCAUACACUGUUCAUGGGAUGGAAUGAAAUAAAUCCCUGUUUUAAAUAUGUUUGUAAUUUCUGCUGGUAUGUGCAAAAACUUCCACAGUGCCUGCAUCUUGAUGGCUUUGAAUACUAGAUCUGCAGCCCCUUUGAAAAAUGAUUCAGAUUUUGAGUAAGCUAUUCCACUAUUCAUUAAAAUACUCUUUUUUCCAGACUAUUAUAAGACUUCAGUCCUCAACAGAGAGAUGUUAUGCUCACACAUAGGACUGAAGCACUUCUUUGAAUCAUUUUCAAAGAUGCACAUCCCUGUUAAGUAUGCACACAUUCAUUAUACUGUGGUAUUUUACUAUCUAACAUCAAACAGAAAAUGCCAAACAACUUUUGUAUGGUUGAUUAAACUGCUCAUUUAUUUUUAUGUAAACAGGCUGGUGCUAUUUAUUAAAUACUUAGUCUCUAUACAUUUUAUCAAGGAAAUAAAAAUUUGGUACAAAUA